AUGUCAGUUGACUGGUGUUUCCAUUCUCCUUUCUAUUCUCCUGUCUUUCUUGGGAAGUUGUGGAUUGUAGUUAAUCUAAGUUUUGAGCCUCCUCCGCGGAAACUGGGACGAGAAACCGUUGUGUGUCGGAAGUUACGACAAGAAUGCCUUUUCCGCGACCAUCACCACUGUGUAGUGUCGCGAAAGUUUGAUAAAGCCGAAGUCAGGAAACGGCUUAACACUAAUAAGGAUAGCACAGAUGAUGACCGGAAACCUUUGAAGGAUCUAAAUAAGCGAUGA